CCAGGUUGCACAGGUAGUCGUCCAGGUGGGUCUUGAACAUCUCCAGAGAAGGAGAAUCCACAACCUCUCUUGGCAAGAUGUUCCAAUGCUCCAUCAUCCUUACUGUGAAGAAGUUCUUAUGCACAUUUGUGCGGAACUUCCUAAGCUUCAGUUUGUGGCCAUUUCCCCUUGUCCUAUCACCACACAUUGCUGAAAAGAGUCUGGCCUCAUCCCUUUGUCUCCUGCACCUUAGGUAUUCAUAGACAUUGAUCAGAUCCCCUCUCAGUCUUCUUUUCUCAAGGCUGAACAGACCCUGGUCAACUUAGCCUUUCCUCAUAAGAGUGGUGCUCCAGACCCUAUUGUCUCUGGAACAACAAUUCAUUAGAGCAAAGAUGGUUUAAUGAAGAAGACCGUGAGUGAGGAACCUGUCUCAAACAAUGGCUUCCUUUGUUCUGAUCUCGGUUCUGGGAAGACUCAUCACAAGGGGAAGUGUGACACGCUCCUUGUGUCUUCCCUGCUGAAGUAAGUCUGCGCCAGUUCUGAAAAGCCAUGCUGUCUGUCUCCUCUUCUGUAAAGCUUUGCACACGUUGGGAUACGCUUUGUCCCACACUUUGUUGCUGCAUGAGCCAGAAAAACAAGGCAAAAAAGGAAGUCUGACCUCAACUGCGUAACCAGCUAUGUGUAAUACAUGGAAUGGGGUGACCACAGCAACAGCAUUCCGUCCCUUAAGCACUUAACAAAAGCGUGCCUAGAAGCGCCUUGGUACGAGGCAGGAACCUUUCUUGUCAGCAGAGGGCAGCACAGGCCACAUUAGUGAAUAGAACCAAGCGUAUUUACCGAAAAAUCAUACAAGUUUUCACUGUAAUUGAGAACGAACCCCAUCAUACAUCUCUUUGCUGAGUAAGAAGGUCACUCAGUUCUCCUUGCUGUUUGUCAUACAAGCUGAGGAAAGUGCUUCCUUGGAAGUGGUUGUUUGGACAUAAAUAUUUUAAAAUGUCUGACCAGAAAAAUAUUAUAUACAGAAUCCAUUGCAUUGAAAAGCUACUCUCUGAGAACAAUUUCCAAGAUAUUGAGGAUCAUCUUAGAGAGCUUGAAGAUGUCAGUAUGACUGUAGAAUAUCUUCAGGGGACUGAAGUUGUCAAGGCUGUAUACAGAGUACUCAAGAGCUGCUCUUCAGCAGACCUGAAAAAGAAAGCAAAGCAGCUAUUAUCAAGAUGGAAAGCACUUUACAAGAAUAACCGUCUUCAGUCAGUGCAAGCCAAGAAGUCAGUUUCUGUAUGUGUGAGUGAGGAAACUGAACAUCUUGAGAUUCCUGGAGAACAAUUGCUGUCUGAAGGACCUUGUCAGCAGGUAGAAUUAGAUGCUGUCCCUUCUAAAAUUUUGGUCCCACCACAAACUGUUAAAAAAGUGGUAAGUAACAACGCAGAAGGCAGCAUAGAUCAGCUUUCCCCUUUUGAGGAAGGAUGCAUCGAUAAUGAAGGUUCUAAACCUCUUGUUAAUGAAGCAGACUUGCAGCAGGAUCACAUGAGAGCUCUGAGGUGUAAAUGCACAGAUCUUCUUUAUAAAGCUUUGACUGGUUCUGCCAAAGACAAAGAAGAAACUGAUAAAUGGCUAGAGCUGUCUAAAGAAAUUGAAGAACAUAUUUUUGCUCUUCAUUCUAAAAAUGACAAAAAGUAUAAAAACUGCAUCAGAAGUAAAAUCUCUAACCUGAAGAACCCUAAAAGUUGCAACUUAAAACAUAACCUUUUUUCAGGGACUUUGAGUCCAAGGGCUUUUGCCGAGAUGACAGUGAUGGAAAUGGCCAGUGAUGAACUGAAACAGCUCAGGGCCCUGUACACAGAGUCCUCUAUUCAAGAACAUCAGCUUCCACAAGUUAUUAAUGGCACACAGACAAGCAAAAUAAAGUGUAGGCGCUGUGAAAAAUUUGAUUGCACUGUCACUAUGAUUGCCAGAGGAACUCUUUUUCUUCCAGGCUGGGUGCGAAACACAAAUCCAGAUGAACAAAUGUUGACCUUUGUUAUUUGUAAUGAGUGUGGAGAACAAUGGUAUCACAGCAGAUGGAUUUGUUUGUAAUGCUCACUCACUUUUAAGAAGUCACUCAAAAACACAGAUAAGAGAAUAUGUCUCUUGAAACUGUAUAGUGUAAAAUCGGAUAUUGAUACUAUUGACACAAAUAAAAAUUGCAAAAGC